CGCGGGAGCCCGUGCGUCCAGCAGGGUCGGCCCCGUAGCCAUUAACCGGAGACAAGGCGCCAUGUUGGUCGUGGGCGCGCCCGGGAUUAUCUCCUAAUUUUUGCCACAUGAAUGAGAACUUGAAUUGUUUAGUGCAAAACUCAAGUUGUCAACUAUGGAUCUCAGUGUCAGAGUCAGCCCAGUGCUGUGAACAACGGGUCUUUAACCUCUGAUGAGGCCGUGGAGGAGGAGGAGAGCACGGAGGCUGCACAGCCCACCCCAGCUGAAGAAGCAUCGGGUGAAAACAGCAACUCAAAUGCUGUUAUGGAUCUCUCUGGAAAUAUUCCAGCUUCCAACAAGAGACUCAGGGAGGGUGAGGAAGAUUCUGAAGUGUCAGGUGAAUGUGAGGCUCCGCCCACAUCCCGGCCAAGGCUCACAGAGGCUUCAGAAACAAACAACACUGCCAACCACAUCAACGACAACCACCAACCAGCGAUAGACCUUACCGAUGAUGCCCCAAAGGUGAACGGAAUCAGUAACGGCUAUGAGAGUGACAGCAAUGGUGUUAAUGAAGAUGACGAGAUGCCCCCUGUGCCGCCCAUCAAGGAGCUGAGCCCAGAGGAGCUGGCAGAAAAGAUGAAGCUGGUGCGUCGACUGCAGGUAGAGCUUCGCAAUGAGGAGAUGAAGCUGGUACUCCUCAAGAAGGUCAGGCAGUCCCAGAUUAUGAAGGAGAACGUGAGUGCUACAGCCAAUGAUGCCAAGGCAGCUCUGACGAAGCUGCCUUCUAACACCACGGCCACAAAGCUACCCCCAACACAGCCACCACCCCUCAUUAAACAUGAACUGGGACCCAAGGCACUACCCUGACAAGCACCGCCGGCAGCAACGGCUCCAGCAGUAACAAGUCGGGCAGUGGAGGCAACAGUGGCAGCUCGAGUAACCUGAUUUCGGGUCUGCCAGCCAAUCUCAACUUGCCGUUCAACCUGUCGCGUGAGGUGGAGAUCAUCCGCAAGGAUUCACCAGCUUCAUCAUCAUCCCCUGGGCCUGGCCCUCGGGACUCCCCUUCACAGGUGUCCAUCUCCAAGGUGCGGACGUCCACCCCUCACAUCUCACACCCAUCAGCCGACCGUGUUCUCAUAAAGAGUUGAGGACAACCUUCACACACCAGCUCAACGCCAAGCAGCUGCUCGUCUUGCACUACGAAAACAGUUGGAGAAAACACUUUUGAGGAUUCCUCCCCCCAAGCCACCUCCCCCAGAGAUGCACUUCAUUCCAAACCCCAACAAUACAGAGUUUAUUUACCUGCUGGGCAUAGAACAGUGUGUGGAGCAUAUUUUGCUGAAUGGGAAGAUGCAAGACCCACACCCAACACCCUUCGUCUGCACUCAGUGCGGCACUGAUUUCACCCCAUCGUGGAAAUGGGACAAAUCCUCCAUGAAAGGAAAGGGUGAGGAAAACGUCAAGGGUGAAGAAGCUGGAGGUGUAAAGGUGGUGUGUGAGUUGUGUGUGACCACCAACAUUAAACAGGGACUCAAACAAGAACACACAAACCGCCUGAAAGCGGCAUUUGUCAAAGCCCUGCAGCAAGAGCAAGAGAUUGAGGCCCGGAUGGCGCAGGCAUCACCCCAACCAGAUUUAUCCAGUGCAUCAGUAUCCAUGACUCCUGUCACAGCAUCCAUACCCUCUCCUUCAGCCCGCCUCCCUGCCAGUGUUUCAGUGACAGCCGUGAAGUCUGACUACAGCCACGGGGCAAGGCCCUCCAGCCAUCGCUCCUCACCCUCUGUGGCGGCGCAGCUUCAACUGCGUGAACGUGAACAACGUGAAAAGGAAAUGUUCUUGCCACCAGGUCUUAGUAAGCAACAGAAAGAACAGUACAUGCAAAGCAUGACAGCAGCAGCUGCUAUGGCUGCUGCUAUGUCUAAUCCAGCUGCCCUUCAACAGCUCCAAGCUGCACAACAACAGCUGCUUAGAAUGCAAGGUAUCCAACAAUUACAACCGCACAUAUUAGCCCCAUAUUUACUAGGGCCUUACAAUCCAUUUGGCAUUGGUCAGCUGCAACAACUGAUGGCUGCAUCUGCAGCUCAGCUAGGUGGUGUUCCCCCUACUUCUUCUGCACCCUCAACUUCUGAGGUUCACCGCCAGUACCUAUUGGACAUGAUCCCAUCAGGUGGCCUACACAGCCAGCAGUCUCACUCCAAGUGGAAGAGCUGAUGGGCAGGCGCCUGUCCAGCCUCCCUGUCAUCAGCUCCCACCAGCUCGUGUCAGUAUUGGUGAUGGGACAAUGCUGCUGCUGGUGGACAGUGGGACAAAGGACCCUCAGUGACAGUGACUCAGUGUGUUCAGCCUAGCUCUGGCCCACCUACCUGUUAUUGCAGUGUUCGUGUCAUGGCUGUAGCUGGGCCAUGUUGCACCUGGGGUUCCUAGUCACUUUAGGAUAAGGAAGCUCUCUGUGAUGUGACCAGUGGAGGAAGGGUGCUGUUGGUUCAGCGGUGGCGAGCCCUUCAACCGUGGCGCCAGCAACCAGGGUGGUCGCCUGGUGAGCAGUGUCUGGUUGCUGUCAUGGAGUUGGCCACCCAUGGAGAAAAAACAAAAAACAAAAAAAUUCUGAGGAGUCUAAAUGGAGAGUUUCAGACACUGGAUGGAAGGCAUCAUCAUUCACAGAAACCGAGACGGUGAGGAGGUAGCCUGACUCCUGGACUACUGGCAAGGCAACAAUAGGCAACCUUCCAUAGUUGAAUAGUAGUGAAUGACAGUUAAACGGUAUUACAUGACCACAUCCCUAAUUUAUUUCUGUUGUCAUUUGUUGUUCAUUACGGUGCAAGGGAAUGUCUUUUCUUCACCAGUUAAUCUGUAUUGUUACAUAGUUGUAGGGUGUCAUGGGACAUGGAGCAAAGGUCGAGUCUUAGUCCUUGCCUGGUUGUGUCUCCUGGCUGCAUCUAUGGGUCUCGCAUGGUCUAGUUUCAUUAGAGUAAUAGCGACACAAAGGUAAUGCAACAAACCAAGGUACUUUCCCUGCACUGUUCAUUUGUUCUUCAUGUGAUAUUUUACUUUUUUUUCAAACCUUUGUUUUAGCACAAAGGUGGACAGAAUCGCACAAAUUGACCAGUAUGUGCUGCUCCCAAACCAGACUGUUAAGUUCUAUUGGAGUCCGAGCAGCAGCAACAUAAUUUGCGAUUGGGAUCAAGUAAUCUCAUUGAAAAGGCAUUUGUUUGCCAGGAACCGGGUCACCCUCUCAGAGAAGGGCUGAUAAUGUCACAUGAGCCACCAUUUUCAUCCAUAACAUGAAAUUGCCUAAUACAUGCCAGUGGAACAGGACAGAUUACCAGAAGGUUGAAGCAUUUAUUAUGUAGCAAUUCUCUUUUUUAAAAAAGAGGGUGAGUUUAGAGUGUUAUGUACAAAGUCUUAAUUGGAUGUGAUAUAACCAGAGUUUAUUGCAUCAUUACCUUUUUUUGUUGAAUGUUUACAUACAGAUACUGUAUUAAGGAAAGGCUUCUUUUAGAAAAAAAUAUCUUUGCCCUGUAUUAUAGACAUUUUUCGAAGGAAAAUUCACCAAGAAGCCUUUACUUUUUAUAUCUUCAUUAUUGUUUAGAAAAAAGCAAUACAAUUUACUUUUCUAUGGUCUCCAUAAUAUUCAUAUCUAAUUUUCCUCCCCCCCCCCAAACAUUUUUUUUCCACAAAAGGACGCAAGGGGUGUUCGGUUAGCUCUCCUGAGGGUCCUGGUUUCUGGCCAUGCCGAUACCCAGGAGAUUCCAGUUCUCUGUUCAAGUCUUUAUAAUUGUCAUCACUCCAGUUUUCAUAGCCAUGGCUGAGUUUCAGAUUCAUGUAGGCUAGUGUUUUCACUUCAUAAGUAAGAUAAUAGGGCCUUUUUCAAUAAAGAUCUGAAAAAUCGAAAAAAAA